AUGGCCGCGCUCUCGGCCGGCGACGGCGAAGCGAGCGACCCGCUCAUCCAGUACGUCGUGCUGCGCCGGGACCUGCAGGAGUCCGAGGGCUGGCCCCUCGGCGCGCUCGUCGCCCAGGGCGCCCACGCGGCCGUGGCGGCCGUCGUCGAGUCCAUGGGCGCGGACGACACGCGCGCGUACGUCGCGCCCGAGGCGCUCGGGUCGAUGACCAAGGCCGUGCUCGAGCUCAAGGGCGAGCCGCAGCUGCGCGCGCUCUCGGAGAAGCUCGCGGCCGACGGCAGGGCGCACCACCUCUGGGUCGAGCAGCCGGAGAACGUGGCGACGUGCCUCGCGACCGCGCCGGGACGCAAGUCCGCGCUCGCGCCCCACUUCAAGAAGUGCCGGCUCAGCUCCUGGCACGCGCCCAAGGGGGAGGCGGCGGCGUAA